AUGCUAAAUUUGUUUAAUUCUUUAGAGAAUACUCAAAAGGUUCCAUUUCAAUUAAGAAGAUAUCGCCCUUCCUUAACAAUUCAAAGUGAACCUAAAAAUUAAAUAACUAGAUAACACACAAUUUAAGAUCUUUUGAACUUCAAAUUGGCAGGCAACAUUACUCCUGCACAACCUUUAAUUCAAAGAAAAAUCAGUAUGAGGCCAUCAUUAAAGUUGGCCAAAAUUACUCCUUUUGUGACUGAAUCAGGAGAUAAUUGCACUCCUCUUAUAAAAAGAACUAUCUCUCUGGAGAACACCAAGAAAGUUGACUUUCACCCUUCAGUCUUGGUGAUUUACUCAGAGAAUGGAAUUAAGAAGAGAGAGAAGUUAGUUGAUGAAUUUAAAGUUAAAAGAAGAGGAACCAGAAAAAACUGUAUAAUAAUUCAAAAAAAAUGA